GCGAUCUCUUAGGAAACAAUUUUCAAGGCUUUCUUUCACCAGAAGAAUAGACAACUUAAUCUAAAGUUUACCUAACAGGCCUUUACGCGAAACUCCGAGUUAAAAUGGGAAGGUUUUCACAAGCUGCCUAAUUACAAAGGUGUUGGGUUUUUUUUUCAACCUGCGUUAGUUUAUCUAACUUGUUUGCUGUAGCUCAGCCUUGGCCAUUCGAUCCACCCCUCUGACCCUUGUGACAGUAAUUUUGCUGAGUUUUCUGAAAUCCAUGCACCAGGAAAUCCAAACCAUGCUGAUAGCAUGGAGCAGGAAUACUGUAGUUGUUGGUCAACACGGUCACUUUUUCAUGGUUUGUUUAGGGUUUUUUUUACGCUGUUAAACUCGUUUGGUAAAAACUCCCUUCUGGUCAGCCUGAUAUAUUCCCGUGCUUUGACUAUGUGCCUUACUCCAAUUUCUGCCUUGAAGGUCUGUUUUGAUUAGGUGACUUGCUCAGCUUUCUGAUUUGAAUAUCUGUUCCAUAUUCCACAAGGAAUGUCUAAUCUCAUUUUGAAUCAGUUGUAAACUGUUUCAAACAUAAAACAUGUUUUGGAGACCUGGUUCAGCCCCUUGCAGCCCUAUAUGUACAAAAAAAGGACAGAACACAACUGACAGUUGUAAACAGAAUGCACUGAUAAUGGGUAAAAAAACGUGGUUCUCCAUCCCUGAGAAGAACCGUCCUUUAAAAGACAGAAUUAAUAUCGUGCUCAGCAGGGAGCUCAAGGAAACCCCGAAAGGAGCACAUUAUCUUUCCAAAAGUCUGGAUGAUGCUUUAGCUCUUUUGGAUUCACCAGAGUUAAAAAGUAAAGUAGACAUGGUUUGGAUCGUGGGAGGCACUUCAGUGUACAAGGCAGCAAUGGAGAAGCCAAUUCAUCAUCGAUUGUUUGUGACAAGAAUCUUGAAAGAAUUUGAAAGUGACACAUUUUUUCCAGAAAUUGACCAUAAAGACUACAAGCUUCUAACAGAGUACCCAGGUGUCCCUGCUGAUAUCCAGGAAGAAAAUGGGAUCCAGUACAAAUUUGAAGUGUAUGAAAAAGCUGUCGUGGCACAAUAAGGGAGGCAUUUUGUACUUCUGUGUAAGGGCAGGUAUUUUAAAUCAUGAAGUUUUACUGAGUGUAAAGAUUCAUUAAAUUUUUGAAGAAAAUCA